GGAAACCACCUUGCUCUUCGUACCAACCCAUAACCCUAACCAUCCUCAAUCUCGUGUUCACGCCUGUAAUGUCCCUGAGCCGGCGAGCAAGCAUGGAGCUUUAGGAUAUUCUCUAAGAUAUUCUCUUAACGUUACCCGGAUAAGUGUUUAGCUGGUCCACGCCAUUCCGUAUAGCCUAAAAAGACCGAAUUAGAUGGCUCUGUUUGCGUGAGCUGAUUCCGCGGCUGGAGCUAGUAUACCUGAUAUUGGCCGCGAUACAGGCACAACCUCUUAUGAGAACGUCCCGUCGCUGUGUUCCUGCAAGUGUGAACAUUGGAGAAAUGAGUCCUAGACAGCAGGGGUUGGGAGCGGGAAAGGAACCCAUUCAGAGAGGCGAUCCGCUUGAGCGAGGCAACGGAGGGCAAGAUAAAGCGAGAGGGAGCGCUGAACGGGCAGGCGGAAACAUCAACGGGCAGCAGGAACGCGGCGAGGAACGCAGCGAGGAACGCGGCGAGGAAAGGUGGACUAGUAGUACGGUUAUCGGCGAACCCGCCGGCGAGGUGGAGCGGAUUCGACGGCGGCUGAAGGAAGCACGCGAGGAAAGGGGUGCUAGUGUCAGCGGUGCGGCUAAUGGCGAGGCUGGCGAGGUAGAGCGGAUUCGACGGCGGCUGAAGGAAUGGGAGCGGGGAUUCGCCGCGUCGCACGGCCGCGCUCCGUCGCGCGCUGACGUGGAGGGCGAUCCGGGCGUAGUUGAGCUGUAUGGGAAGUACGCUCGGCUGAAGGAACGGGAGAGGAGAAAGCGGAAGAGGAGCCAUGAAGGUGCCGCUGCUGGUGGCGCUACUGCUAAAUGUGCUACUAUCGAAGGUGCCGGUAUCGAAGCUGCUGUUGCUGUUGAAUGUCUGGAGAGGGCAAGGCAACAACGGGGUGGCAGAGAGGGCAAGGCAGAGCAGAGACGGAACGGUGUCAAGGAUGUACAAGAGGAUGAUAGAAUUGGUAACAGGAAAUCCAAUAGGGAGGAUGGAGAGCGUUCGGGCAAAGCCAGGCUGGCCUCUAACUCCCGGAUAGACCUAUCUGCCCCUCUGUCGGACCUAGGAGUGUGGCAGAGCAGCAGGCAGUUCAGUCUUGUUGUGUGCGGCGGAGGGGGAGGAGGGGUGGGGGGUGCAGGAAGGGGAGGGUUACAAGGAGCCGGGUUAGGGUUACCAUCAACGGAGCGAGCGCAGGCGCCAGUACCAGCAGGUGCUGCAGGUUGUGCGGGUGAGAAGCAGCUGUCAGAGGGUGAGGCACAGAGGGUGCAGGGGCAGUGCGGACAGGAGGGGCUGGGCGGGGGGCGGAGGGGGCGGGCAGAGCAGCAGGUGGGGGGAAGCGAGAGGGGAAGGUUGAACCGGGGCGAGGAGGUGGGGAGAGUGGAUGGUGGUGAGGAUGGUGGGGGUGGUGGGGGUGGUGGGGGUGGUGCGGCUGGUGGGGAUGGUGGGGAUGGUGGGGGUGGUGUGUGGGCGAGAGGGGAAGGAGAGGCAGGGGCAGGUGACGAAGCAGGGAUGGGUUACUUUGGACCAACUGCGGUCCCUGUUCGUCCUGUGGGCAUGCUUGGCUGUGUUGCGCCCUCGAGCCUGCUUGUAACGAGGAUAGGUAGAGGGGGAGGGAGGUGGGGAGCUGAAUGCAGAGCUGCUGAGUUGGCAUGUGGGGGUUGGCUGCAGGAGACGGCUGACAUGGAACCUGUAGCAGCUGAGGCGGCGCUAAGGGAAGCUGAUGUGGCACAGAGAGGGGCUGACGUGUUGCAGGGAAGUGCUGACGUGGAUGUAACACGAUUGGUGGAUGCUGAAGCCGCAGAAGAAGCAGUGAAUCCAAGAGGGCUUUGCUCAAAGCCACCAGUAAGAGCUGCAGAACGGGCAGAAGGUGCCGAAUGGGCAGACGGUGCAGAAGGUGCCGCAUUAAGCGCAGGAGCAGGUGAAUUGCGAGGCGAAGCUAUGCCAGAAGCAGAAGAGUUGAAUGAAGGACCACCCACAGCAGCAGCAGCGCCAGGUCUAGCAGCAGCAGUACCAACACCAUCAGGAGCAAUGGAAGCACCAACAGCACUCGCACAGCCGCCACCGUCAGCAGCAGAACCAGCAGCAGCAGACCCAGCAGCAGCAGCAGCAGCAGCAGCAGCAGCAGCAGCAGCAGCAGCAGCAGCACCACCGCCACCAGCGGCACCACCACCAUCACCUCCAGCAGCAGCAGCAGCAGUACCACCACCACCACCACCAGCGGCAUCACCACCAUCACCUCCAGCAGCAGCAGCAGCAUCAGAAGCAUCAGAAGCAGCUGAUGUGAACCGCAUGACAGUGAUGCAGCUGAGGGCCGCCCUCCUGGCCAAUGGGCUGCGGACGUCUGGCAGAAAGGCAGAGCUGGUGAGCCGACUAGCAGAGGCUGGUGGGUGUGUGACUGGGGAAAGAAGUGUGGGCGAGAAAAGUGUGGGGGAGGUGAGUGUGGGUGAGAGGAGUAUGGGUGGGAGAAAGUGUCGAAGAAACAAGGGUGGGAGAGGUAUGGGGAGGGCAGGGGGGCAGCGGAGGAGGCAGGUGGUGAGGGUGAAGGGGAGGCGACGAGUCAGAGCUCCAGAGGGUGAUACUGAUGGUCAUGAUGAUGAUGAUGGUGGUGAUGAUGAUGAUGGUGAUGGUGGUGGUGAUGGUGAUGGUGAUGGUGGUGGUGAUGAUGGUGAUGGGGUUGUUGAUGGGGAUGGUGGUGAUGCUGGUGCUGGCGUUGAUAGCAGUAAAAGGGACCCAAUGAGGCGCCCUACUGAAGGAGAUGCGAAAACAAUGCAACGGGUUGGCGAGACGACGGCACUCGCAGGCUCCCAUGGUAGGGAAUGCAGGGAUGGGCCGGGAAAGACGGCUGGGACGAGGGUCACACGUCUAGCUGCUCGGGUAGCAAGGGAUUCGUUGAGGGAAAGGGAGCAAGGGGCGAAGGAUGGGGCGAAGGAGGAUGAACGAGGAGCGAAGGAGGAGGGGGAGAGGGGGAGUGGGAGUGAAGGGAAGGAGAGGAGUGAGGAUGCGAGUGAGGAGAGUGAGGGGGAGAGCGGGAGUGAGAGUGGUUCGGAUUGGGCAGAGGAGAGAAGGGGGGUGAGCAGCAGUAGCGAGAGUGAGGAGGAGGGGGUGGGAGAGGAGGAGGAGAAGGGGGGGGAGGAGGAGGAAAGGUGCAGGGUCACAAACAAGACAGUUACAGUGAAUACAGUCACACGUGAGGGCAGAGGUUCGGGUAAGGCUCGGUGUAACGCACGCAAAGCGAAGGGGGGAGUUGGUGGGAGAAGACAAGAGACGGGACAGAAACGAGAGGAUCGAAAACCGAAGAAUGAACAGAGUGGUGAUGCCGCUGUUGUUGGGGGUGCUGCUGCUGCUGCUGCUACUCCUGCUGCUGCUGGUGCUACUCCUGCCGCUGCUGCUGCUGCUGCUGCCACAGGUGGAGCGGGCAGUACAGCAGCGGAGUAUGGGUGGGGUAAUCCCAGGGCUUUGCAAGCCCUGAGGCAGAAGGAAACACAGAGGAGGAAACAGAGGAAGGUGGCUGCUGCUGCCGGUGCAGGUGUAGCCGGUGCAGGUGCUACUGGUGGGGGUGCAACACGUGCAGGGUAUGGUCUUACCAGUAGCAGGAGUGCCAGGGGCCGCCCCGGGCUGCAAGGGAGGGACAACUUUGUGCGCCUCAAUAUCAAUGGCAGGGGAUGCAAGAAGAGGUUCGGGAACGGUACCAAGACCAGCAGGUUCGGCAGCAGGUCCGGCGGUGGGAGUAGGUGCGGUGGGAGGUUCGGUGAGGGCAAGGGGCAAGGGCGCAAGAAGAAGGGCGCAAGGGGGGAAGGGGAGGAGGAGGAGGGGGCGACUGAGAGGGCUCGAAUGGUUGAGAGGGCUCGAAUGGUUGAGAGGGCCCAGAGGGAACCUUCAGAGAGCAAUCUGCUGUGGGUGUUGCAGCAUGUGUUUGGCUUUGAUAAGUUUCGAGAUGGACAGGUGGUGGCCAUCCAACGGUUGCUGCGAGGCCAAUCAACGCUCCUCGUGCUGCCAACUGGCGCUGGGAAGUCCCUCUGCUACCAGCUCCCAGCCUUCCUCCUUCCCGGAUUGACUCUGGUCGUCAGCCCACUAGUGGCGCUCAUGCAGGACCAGCUCGCCCACCUGCCGCCCUGCCUGCCUGGCGGCCUGCUCUCGUCCUUCCAGUCACCAGCGGAGAGCGGUGCAGUGAUAGAGAGGCUACGAAGGGGGGACGUCAGGGUGCUCUUUGUGUCUCCCGAGCGCCUGGCAGUGCCGUCCUUCCUCCGCCUGCUCUCGUGUCUGCCCCAGGGGGUGUCCCUGGUGGUGUUCGACGAGGCGCACUGCAUUUCCGAGUGGUCACACAACUUCCGCUCGGCCUACCUGCGCCUCUCCUCCAUCCUCCUCUCCAGCGGCCUGUUGGAGACGCACUCCCCAGCCGAUGCUGAAGAGGAGGCAUCAAACAGCAGGACUGCUGAUACUGCUGAUACUACUGAUACUUCUGACACUACUGAUCACGCCAGUGCCAGCGCCAGCAGCAGCACAAGCACCAUCACCCACAGGCCGUGCAUCCUCGCCAUCACCGCCACCGCCACCCGCCUCGCCACAUCAUCGCUGACCUCAGCCCUGGGAAUCCCGCCGGGCGGCGUGAUCCGGCGUGGAGUGGUGCGGCCGAACCUGCACCUAUCGGUCUCACUAACCGGAGCCAAAGGGCCUGGGGCCGGGCUUGGGCAUGGGCCUGGGCAUGGGCAUGCAGUGGGAGAGAGCAAGUGGGGGGCAGAUGUCACUCUAUCGAAGGGACCAAGGGGCGGGCCAGCAGCAGGGCAGAGCCGGCAGCGAGAGCUUGUGGAUCUGCUGAGCUCAGCACCCUUUGCUUCUGCUCGCAGCAUCAUCGUCUACUGCUCCUUCCAGUGGGAGGCUGAUGACGUGGCACGCGUUCUUCGCGACAACCGGAUUGCGGCUCGGAGCUACCACGGAGGCCUAGACGCGGGUGAGAGGACUCGAAUUCUUCAGCGCUUCACAGCCAACAAGCUGAGAGUGGUAGUGGCGACUCUGGCAUUUGGCAUGGGCUUGGACAAGGCUGACGUUGGUGCGGUUGUGCACUACUCCCUUCCUCGCAGUCCAGAGCAAUAUGUGCAGGAGAUAGGUCGUGCGGGGCGCAACGGCCAGCCAGCCUUCUGCCAUCUCUUUGUGGACCGGCCCUGCUACCUUCGCCUGCGCAGCCUUGCACACUCGGACGGCGUAUCGGAGAGUACUGUAGCUGCGUUCCUCUCUCUUGUCUUUGGCGAUUACCAGCUGCCAGCAGCACCUGAAGAAUCACCUGAGGCAGCACCUGAAGACUCGAGUGCAGCAGCAGCAGCAGCAGUGCAGAUUCCUGUGUUCCGGACCAUUCCCAAGGAGAAGACCGCUCAGUCCCUUGACAUACGGCCAGAGGUCAUGGAAACUAUACUUGUGUUCUGCGAGUCAACCCCUGCCUCUCUGCCUUCCGACCCAGCAGUACCAGAGCCCUCGGGUCCAUCGCUCGUUGCUGACUCAACCCCAAACCCAUUAGUGCCAACACCUGCUUCUCAGUUGGAACCCUCUGGUCCAUCACCUAUUGCUGACUCGGCCCAAAACGCAUCAGUUCCUUUGCCCUCCGACCCAUCGCCGAUAACCGACUCCACGCAAACGCUAUCAGUGCCAGUCCAUCCAUCACCCUCCCCCUCACUUCCCAACCCUCUAACAUCAGUAACACAACCACCACCACCACCACCACCACCACCACCACCACCGCCAUCACCCGGCCUCCCUGCAGCUGCUGCUUACUUGCGAAUGAUGCCCGAGGCCCCCGCUUCUUGCCUGCUUUCCUUCCACAAGACUCCAGUGGAGAUUCUGUCCAGGAAGGUUCCUCUUGUGAAGGCCGUUCUUGCGACCAACCCCACCCCCCGCAACGGCCGGUACACAGUUCAGCUGGCACCGAUGGCCAAUCACAUGCGCAUGCCGCUGCCCAUGCUGCUCGCGUGCUUGAGGGACCUGCAGAGGUGUGGGGAGAUCGUAUGCGAGUUCCAGGAACCUUCCCUGUGCGUGCAGCUCCUAUCUCGCCCCAGGAGUCUUUCCUCCCUCGCAGCGGCCAUCUGCCAGCGGCUCGCCGCAGUGGAGAAGUCAACUGUUGCUAAGCUUGACGCCAUGUAUUCUGUGGUACUAGCUGCGGCGCAAGUGCCAGCCGAAUCGCCAGCUGCAGACACCAUGGCUCCCCCUCUCGCUUCUGACUGGCACAAGUCACUGUCUGGGCGGCAGACAGCCCUCCUGCAUGGCUGCAUCUCAGCAUACUUUGACUCCAGGGAUGGCACUGUACCCUCGCUGCUUGCUGCUCCUGCUACUGUGCCCACUGCCAGCCAAUUUCUUCGUAGCGACAUAAAGGUGUUCCUGCGCUGCCAGCAAGCCAAUCCCGAUGCGCCACCUGUCAACGCCCGUGCCAUCGCCCGCAUUCUUCAUGGCCUUACGAGCCCUGCCUUCCCCACAUGUACAUGGUCCAAGCACCAUUUCUGGGGCCUCUAUGCAGACAUUGACUUCCACACAGUUCGGAGGAUCGCUUUAGAGGAGGUUAUUGCAUCACGGCCGCACAAACUUAGACUGCGUCCCAUGCUGAAAUAAUUGUUGAAACGCACAUUAACGUAUAAACAGCUGUUGCGUCUUGUGUGCAUGCCACGGUUUUCGCCUCAUAAAUGAGGUAAUGAGUGGGUGCACUCGUGAAUAUGAUGGUGUCUCCCUUCUUGCCCUCGCCUGAGGAGAGUCAUCGUUAGAACGUGGAGAUUUUUUUGGAGGGCACAGUAAAAAAUUGGUGUGCUCGAAACAAAACAAGGGUGGUAUUAUCCUGGUAAACAUAUGGUUUUGCUCGUUGUACCAUACAACCAAGUAUGGUGCUUGUUUAAAGUUUUUGGCACCAUUUCA